UCCAUGGAAACGCGUUGCCAGGGUAACGCACGCGCUUCGAAGCCGAGGUCAGGUUUGUCCGACUAUCGGAAAUAAUUUACCUCCAAAUUCUUCUGUUGUUUUAGAGAAAACUUUUCUUCUGACUCGCUGUUGACACUAAAGUAGGUGUCACUCACACUGACCUGAACAGUAUGGAGGCUGAUCAGGACACGACAAAGGAUCGACUGAGGCUCCAGUUUCAGAUGCUGCAGGAACAGCAGGUGCAGCGUCUUCACAAGCGGCUGGAGAAAAAGAAACAGAUCUCUUUUGAGACAGAAAAGGACGAGAUGAGCUCAAACGGGCUGAACAGUCUGGGCCUGUCUGAGGAUGAGCAAGACUCAGAAUCCAGCUCCAGACAGCCGAAGAAGGAUAACGAUCAACUCCAGGAGCAGGUCAGGGAGCUGCGUGAUGAGAGUGGACGACUCCAUAAACUCCUGAGUGAAAAGGAGUUCGAAAUCAAGUACCUGAAGAAGAAGAGGGAGGAGGACAGGCUGGCUAUAGUGGGCACAGCAGGACUGGCAGGAGAUGCAGCAGCAACCAAGAUCGUGGAGCUUUCGAAGAAGAAUCGUGAGCUCUCGGCAGAAAUGGAGAGAGAGAAAGUCAAGAGCAAACAGCUAACCAACAGAGUGAGAGAGCUCGAGAGAGAGCUGCAAGAUAAAGCAGUAUUCAGUAACGAUGUGAAAGGAAACCACAAAGUGGAUCCGAAGAGCACACAGCAAGAGACCACCCCACUGGUGAAGUCUCUACAGGAGAAGCUGAACACGGCUCAGUUUAAAAUGAGUGAAUAUCGCAACCAGAUCCAGGCUGUGAGACAGGAGCUGAAGGUCGCACACAAGGCUCUGUGCAGUGAGGUCGGUGAGGAUGUGUGUUUACAGCAGAUCCUCAGUACUCCAGGAAACUGGAGAGGACGAGCGCAGCAGAUCCUGGCCUUACAGAACCGAGUGAAAGAUCUGGAACAGCAACUCGACUCAGCAUCCAACAGAAAUCAGCUGGGAGAGUUCAGUCCAGAGCAGUGCAUGCUGGGAAAGGGAGUCCAUCAGAGGAAACAGGACAAGAACCAGAGCUACAUCCGCACCCUAGAGAGAGACAGGAAAGAGGCACUGGAGAAGCUGAGUGGUGAGUAUGAGCUCAUACUGAAUGAGCACGCUGAGUUAAAGAAGAAACUGGAGAGCAGCAAAGCAAGGAACCACAUCCUUAGUGCUGAGCUCAAACACCUCAAAUCUCAAAUCUGCAAACUGACCGAGAAGGGACAGCACGACAACGAGCUCAUCGACACACUACUGAAGCAGCAGGCUCAGCUUCACACUGUGUUGAGUCGUCUGGGUGAGAAAGAGGUGCAGCGUGACAAUACAGAGCAGAAACAGGACACACAGGAGGCUCAGAGACACAACGACAUGAUCACACAGCUCAAACUGAUGGUGAAGGAGAGAGAGGAGAAAGUUCAGGAGCUCGAGCAGGAAAUCCAGCAGCUCAAACUCACCAAACUGGAGACAAAAGACACUGAGGGGAAGAUUAGCCACAUAGAGGAAGGAGACAGGAGGUCCAGCUCUGCCAGGUCAGUUUCAAAAAUGGGACACAAACUCAUAGAUUCAGCCCUGACAUUGUCUCCUGGAGAUCCCUCUGAUCUCAGAGAUGGUUCGGAGACUCGGUGCUCUGUAUGUGCUGCUCUACAGGUUCAGUCUUCAGAGUUUAAAGCACUGUGUCAGGCAGCUAAUGUGGAGAGAGACCGACUGCUGGAGCUCACUAAAGUUCAACAGAAGAGGGAAGUCGAUGCCAUUCAGAAGUGUGCAGAUGCCGAGCAGAAGCUCCGGGAAGAACGUCACCGCUGUGUGCUUCUGGAGCAGCAGCUGGAGAGACUCAAGUUAGACUCUGAAAAAGCACAAAGAGUCCAUCGCAGCAGGACAGGGAGCUUGAAUGUAUCUGAGAAACAGGACAGCAGUCUUUUACACAGAAGAGCCGUGGUGUCAGCGCACCAUGCCCAGGCCAGUGAACUCAGCUCACGACACGCUGCCCAGCAGGAGGAGCUAGAGGCUCUGAGGUCAUCUCUGGAGCAAGUUUUGCAGGCUAAAGAGGAGGACCUGCAGCUCUACAGCACCAUGAUCAGUCAGAUGUGGACUCCUGCAGACGCAGAGCACUGCAGCUCCGAAAGCCUAGCAAUCCGGAUGGCCAGCGUUUUAUCAGUUAGGCUGAUACCAGAUUUUAGCGUAGAGGCUCUAUUGUAGCCCAAAAGUAGUACCAUGAGCCCCACGGUAAAUAAAUAAACUGUGGUAGAAAGGACAUUAUUUACAUUGACCCUGUUUACUGUAGAGUGUCACCCACAUGAGGAUGAGGUUCCCUUCUGAGUCUGGUUCCUCUCAAGGUUUCAUCUCAUCUCAGGGAGUUUUUUUAGAUGUAUAUUAGAUGUAUAGUAUCUUAAAUUUAAAAUUUUCAACUUUAAUUGUAUAUAUUCAUUUAUUUCUUUAUUUUUAUUCUUACUUUAUUAAUUUCUCUCUUCUGUUUCUAUACUUCUGUAAAGCUGCUUUGGGACAAUGGGAAUUGUUAAAAGAGCUAUAUGAAUUCGAGUGGUAUAGGAGAAGUCUCCUGGCUCCAAAUCGCCCAAAUCCAAGCCUACACAACCCAGACCCUCGUCACAACGGCCUAAUCUCCAAUCGUCCCUCCAAGAUCUACUGUAAAGCUUAGUCCCAAGACCUGAGAUUUUAGCCUGUGCGUAGCCUGGCUAAACACAACAAUGUAACCUAACGUUAGAUUUUAAUCUUCAAGCUUAAGAUCUUAGUAGCUGGGCUUCAGAUCUUGGCCUAAUUGUUGUAUUUUAGGCUUCAUAUCAUGGAUUUUAGCUUCCAGGCCACACCAUGUUAUCGAGCUCCGUGUUAUCUUAGCUGCUAGAGUUUAACAUCAUAAUCCAGGAUUUUAGCAAAUCAUUAUUAUUUAGAUAUUAAUCUAAAAAAUCUGUCUAUUCAGUUCGUGUAUUGUUGAUUCCAUUUCCCAGAUGUUCAGCUCUACACCUAUCAGCUCCAAGGAUUUAGUCUUCCAGGCCCCAGAUCACGGCCUGCUCUGUCCCUAACCUAGACACCGGGGUUGUAGACAUCCAUCUGUCUGUGUAUUGAAGCUGAAGCUGCUAAUCUUAAUGAGACUGUGCUAAUCCAGACAAAAUAAUCGAUCAGAUACGGACAAGGUAAGGACGAGACGUCGACAUGGCCGCCACCCUGAGCCGAUAAGAGCCGAAAAAAAGAGCUUCGUUUUCAUUUAUGUCGCUGUCAGUUAAGUUUUUCUUUCUGCUAACUGGAAUAAAAUAUAAAUAAUCAUUUUAAA